AUUCACAUUGUAGUACCUUCCUACAAGCUCCAAAUAGUUUAGCGGGUCUUACAGCCUCACCAAAAACAAAAGCAACAACCACACAAAAUCUCUUUAUCAUGGCUCAACUUGCCCCCGAUAUUCAAGCUCUUUCACUUGAUAGAACCCAUUCCAAUGGUUCCACUGUUUCCUUGAAACAUGGGUACAUUGACACUCCCUUUUCUGGUAAAAAGGAUCAAUAUGAACAGGUUCUUGAUCUUUUAGAUAGUACUGGAUUCAUUCCUGAAUCUCUUAUUGAAUCUGAAGCUCAAUGGUUUUAUGAAUCUUUAGGAAUUGAUGAUGUUUUCUUUGCUAGAGAAAGUGCAACUGGAAUUGCUUCACAUAUCCAUGCGUUGUAUUCUUGUAAAGUUCAAGCAUUUGCCUCGGAUGUUACUGAUGAACCAAUCAUUCUGUACAAAAGAGAAGCUGAAGAUCAUGCAGUUUAUUUUGAUACUAGUGCUCCAGGAACUAAUAGUUAUAUGAGAACAAGAUUUGAAGAACGGAUUGAUGAUAAAUAUAUUGAUCCUUCAACAAAUAUCUCCAAUAGUUAUAGAGUUGAAUCUUUUAGUGCUCCUUUAAAUUACAAGACUGAUCCAAUUUUAAUGGGAGUUUUCCAAAAAAAUCAUCAAUUGGCAGAUCAAAUUGUUAGAUGUUAUUUUGUUUAUAAAAAUGAAUAUCAAGACAAUGAAUCUCAUGAUCUGUUUGAUCUGAUUGGUGAUAAAACAUUUAUUAAAAUUGCCUCUUCAAAUACGAAAAAACUUUAUUCUGAAGUCAUUUCAAAUGUAUUGGAAACUACUGGUCCUGUCAUUAGACAUUUCCCCGUGGAUGAUUCAGAUGAUGAAUAUAGAGUUAUCAUUGGGUUUAAACAAAAAUCAUCUGCUCGUUAUAAUUCAGCCUUGAGUGAUUUGGCUAAUUAUUAUAAAUUACAAAUUACUAGAAAAUAUGUUGAACAAUUUUCAAAUGGAGUUACUGUUAUCUCCAUGUAUGUCACUUCCAAAGAAAAAAAAUCCUUACCAGUGGAUUUAUCAAUCUAUCAAGUUAUUAAGGAAGCUUCCUUAUUAUAUUGUAUUCCUCAUAAUUAUUUCCAUGAAAAAUUCAGUAAAGGUCAAUUAUCUCUUCAAGAAUCAAUUUAUGCCCAAUCGGGAGUUAUCUUUGUCACUCAUUUCUUGAAUAGAUUGGGUCCAGAAUAUACAAAAUUGACUUCUUUAUUGGAUCCUAAAAAGUCAAUUAUUCAUGCUGAAGCUUUGAAUAGUUUAAAGAAAAGAUUAAGACUGGAAACUUAUACUCAAAAUUAUAUUAAAGAAGUCUUUGAUUCUAAAAUUGAUAUUGUUAGAAAAUUGUAUAGACAAUUUGCUGAUGUUCAUUAUAUUAGAUCAUCUACUGAAAAGACUUUAUCUUAUCAAAGAUUAUCUCAAAUUUCCCCCGUGGGAAAUGAAGAAGAUUUUGAAAAAUUGUUACAAAGAGAAUGUUCUCAAAAUGAACAUCAUGUACUUGUAUUGAAGGCCUUGUAUGCCUUUAAUAAGUCGAUUCUCAAGACAAAUUUCUACACUUCCACCAAGGUUGCCCUUUCAUUUAGAUUGGAUCCAUCUUUCUUACCAGCUAGUGAAUAUCCUGAUAAACCAUAUGGAAUGUUUUUCGUGGUUGGUAGUGAUUUUAGAGGAUUCCAUAUCAGAUUUAGAGAUAUUGCCCGUGGUGGGAUUAGAAUCGUUAGAUCAAGAUCUGUUGAUGCUUACAAUGUUAAUGUCCGGAAUUUGUUUGAUGAGAAUUAUAAUUUGGCUUCAACUCAACAAAGAAAGAAUAAAGAUAUCCCUGAAGGUGGAUCCAAGGGGGUUAUCUUGUUGGACCCAAAUUCCAGUGCCCAGGAAAGACCACAAGCUUGUUUUGAAAAGUAUAUCGAUUCCUUAAUUGAUAUCUUGUUGAAAGAACAUAUUCCAGGAGUUAAGGAUUCUUAUGUUGAUUUGUAUAAGAAACCUGAGAUUUUGUUCUUGGGACCUGAUGAAGGUACUGCCGGUUAUGUCGAUUGGGCCACAUUACAUGCUCGUAAAAGAGGUGCCCCCUGGUGGAGAUCAUUCUUGACGGGUAAGAGUCCACAGAUUGGAGGUAUCCCACAUGAUGAGUAUGGUAUGACCACGUUAUCGGUGAGAGCCUAUGUCAAUAAGAUUUAUGAAAAGUUGAAUAUUGAUCCUGCCACUGUGAGAAAGUUCCAAACUGGUGGUCCCGAUGGUGAUCUUGGUAGUAAUGAGAUUUUGUUGUCUCGUGAAGAACAAUACGUUGGGAUUGUUGAUGGUAGUGGAGUGAUUGCUGACCCGGCUGGAUUGGAUAAGCAAGAAUUGUUGAGAUUGGCCAAGGAACGUAAGAUGAUUGACAAUUAUGACAAGCUGAAGUUGGGACCUCAAGGGUUUGUUGUGUUGUGUGAUGACGUUGACGUGACUCUUCCUAACGGUACUACCAUCACCAGUGGUGUCAGUUUCAGAAACACUUUCCAUUUGAAGUUGCAAGAAAUCUACGGGUCUGACGGAGUUGAUUUAUUUGUUCCAUGUGGUGGUAGACCUGCUGCCAUUGACACCAAUAAUGUCAAUGACUUGAUCGAUAGCAAGACUGGGAAGUCUCUUGUACCAUACUUUGUAGAAGGGGCCAAUUUAUUUAUUACCCAAUCUGCCAAGUUGGUUUUGGAAGAAGCUGGAUGUAUUAUCUUUAAGGAUGCUUCCACCAACAAGGGGGGUGUUACUUCAUCCUCCAUGGAAGUGUUGGCUGCUCUUUCCUUUGAUGACCGUGGGUUCUUGUCCAACAUGUGUGUCGAUGAGACCAGUGGACAAAAGCCUCAAUUCUACCAAGAUUACGUUCGUGAAGUGCAAAGAGUGGUGGUGAGCAAUGCGCAGGCUGAAUUUGAACUGUUGUGGAGAUUGAAGCGUGACACUGGCCUCCCAAUCACCGAAUUAUCGGACAAGCUUUCUGUGACCAUCAAUAAGCUUGCCGACGAGUUGGCCAACUCCAACGAAUUGUGGAAUGAUGACAAGGAGUUUAGAAAUGCCGUAUUGCUUGACUCGUUACCACCAUUAUUACUCAAGGAGAUUGGUAUUGCCAACAUCUUGGCCAGAGUUCCUGAGACUUACUUGAAGGCUCUCUUUGCCACCCACUUGGCCUCUCGCUUUGUCUACACCAGAGGUAUCGACUCCAACCCGGCCAAGUUCUUGGAGUUCAUCUCAUCGAUUAGAAAGGAGUACGUGAGCAAAAACAUCCUUUAGUG